AUUAACUAAAAUGAAAAAACUAAAAAUUGUAACCAAACUACAAUAUGGUGUAAUAGUUUUAUUAAUAAUGCCAAACGUACAAAGUGCUUUUUCCUUUAACGCUCGGGAAUAUAUACAUAACAUUUUCGAUUUACCCAAUAAAAUGAGUGAAUCACAAUUGCUGCAUAAUUUCGGUAUCUAUAUGCAGGCCAACAUGAACGAGUCUGUCAACCCUUGUGACGAUUUUUAUCAAUAUGCCUGUGGUAAUUGGGCUCACAACCCAAGAGUACCAGAGUUUGGACAUAACUUGUCCGUUGUAGAGACCACACAACAUGUUUUGCAUAAUUUAGCCAUCGAUUUUUUGGAAAACAAAAAACAAUUCUCCAACAAUAAGGAGGAAGAAUCUGGUGAAAAAAAGGCCAAGGUAUUUUAUAAAUCCUGUAUGAAUACAAAACAAAGUGUGAGGACUGGGUUGAAGCUACUAUUACGGCAGGAAAAAGAAAUAUUCGAAAGAUUAAAGUUCUCUGGAAAAGAUGAUUGGUUAGAGGUGAAUUUUAUGUCUCCCUUUGGCAUUUAUCCACUUUUACCUUUGAUCAUUAAAACAACAGUAUCUGCAAGUGCAGAAUAUGAAAUUACUUUGGACUUACCUCAGCCAUAUCUAGCAACAUGUUUCCGCAGUAACUCUGAUAAAAAUAAUUUCUUAAAAAGUGUUAGAAUAAAGUCAAAAAAUUUCCAGAAACUUCUACAAUUUGAGAGACAAUUAAUCAGUAAAGCUAAAGAACGCCAGCCAACGGAGCGACUAACACUGAGAGAAUUUUUAUUACGACAUAAAUAUGACAUAAUCAACUGGAAUGUAUUUUUCGACAAAGUUUUUUCAAAUCAAACCCAGUAUUUUUGGUACAUUAAUAAUCACAUUGAUAAUAUGGACCAACUGCAUGAUUUCUUACAGAACACUCCUAUUGUUACUUUACGCAAAUAUGUAAAAUUGUGCACUAUUGUUAAAUUUUAUAAAAUCUGGAGCAAACGGUCAAUGGUCCAGGAAAAUCGUAAACAAUAUUGUCGUUAUUUAACCGAAAAAUACUUUCGUUAUGCCUUGAUGCCCUGGUUUCAACAACAUCUCUUUAAUCCAGCAGCUCAUAAUGAUUUAAAACGAAUGGCGGAGUUUAUAAAACAGAAUUUUAUAAACUCAAUUCAAAAUUAUAAAUGGCUUAGUAGGAAAACAAAAUUCAAUGUACAGCAAAAACUUGAGGAUCUGGAACUGAUCAUAGGAUAUACAAAUAAAACCAUCUCGAAAACAUUUAGGAUGAAACUUUAUGGAGAUUUACAAAUCACCACCAAUUGGUUUAAGAAUCUGCAACAAUUGGAAGCCCAUUUUAGCCGUCUGCUAUUGCAAUCAGUACACCAUAAGUUGGCUGCUCCUCUACUGUCUCCCUUUGCGGCAAAUUCGUUUUAUAACAGCAUUCUCAAUAUAGUAUUUCUCAGCAUGGGCAUUGCUCAAAUGCCUUUGUAUCAUCAGGACUUGCCAGUUGUUCUUAAAUUUGGUGGCAUGGGCGUUUAUAUAGCCCACGAAAUAGCUCAUGCCUUGGAUUCCCACAGUUAUCUGCAUAAAUUCGAUGCCAGAAAGCAUAAAUAUUCCGAUAAGUUGUGGCUAAGUUUGCGGUCUUCCAAGAAUUUUGAGAAUCGUUGGCUCUGCUUAAAACAUCAAUAUGAAGAUUUCCUGUAUCAGGGUAAAAGCAUUUACAAUAGUGCUUCCUUCAUGACCGAAAAUGUGGCCGACAAUGCUAUGUUACAUUUGAGCUAUAGCGCAUAUAAAAAUUUGAAUGCUGGUUGGAAGAGGGGCUUUAGAAAACCUUUAUGGGAUUUAGAUUUUACCAAUGAUCAAUUGUUUUUUAUAAAAUUUGCUCAGAUUUUUUGUAAUGCUGCUGUGGAUAAAAACGAAGAACAAUAUGGAGUGGGAACACCUGAAGAUAGAAAACAUGUCUAUGAUGAAUUUCGUGUACUGUUGCCCUUACAAAAUAUGCCGGCAUUUUCGAAAUCGUUUAAAUGUAAAUUGGGUUCGCCAAUGAACCCCUUGCAAAAGUGUAGGUUGUGGUAGUAUAAAAUAUUCUAACAGAAUUUCAUAAUAAAUUAAAGAUACACAACCAAAUAUAUAAAUAAACUAAAAAAAUAAAUUUUAUAAAUUUAUUAU